AUGGCUCUCUUCCCGCGCAUCCCAUCCUCAUUCGGCCCCUACCGCUCCGAGAUGGGCCCGUUCUUCAACCUCUUCAACGACACCUUCUCCGAACUCCAGAAGCUGUCUGACACCGCGUCCCGGACCUUUGCACCCAAGUUCGACGUCAAGGAAGCCAAGGACAGCUACAUCCUCGAGGGAGAGCUUCCCGGAAUCGACCAGAAGGACGUCGUCAUCGAGUUCGCCGAUGAACAGACUCUCACGGUGAAGGGCAGAACCGAGAACUCCCGUGAGGAGGGCACGAGACCAAGCGAAGCCGCCGCGGUCGAGGGCAACAAGAAAGAAGGAGCCACAUCGAACGGCGGCAGCACAGAAGUGGCCACCACCGGCUCCAAGGAAGUUUCAAAGGCCGAGCCACAGCACACCUACUGGGUCUCGGAGCGCAGCGUCGGUGAAUUCGCCCGCUCCUUCUCCUUCCCCAACCCCGUCGACCACGAGAGAGUCAAGGCCAGCAUGAAGAACGGCAUCCUGAGCAUCGUGGUCCCCAAACUGCAGAAGGCGAAGACGGCCAAGAGAAUCGAAAUCAGCCAGGAGUAA